AUGCAAGUGUCGUCUCUACUGAUUGCGAUAACACUCGCGACUGCACCGGUGCAAGCUUUCUAUCUUCCCGGUCUCGCGCCCACAUCCUUCGACCACGAUGACCUUGUCCCCCUGACUGUCAACCGCCUCACACCAGCUGUGUCACAACACGAUGAACAGAUUCACGCUGUAGUCGGGUACGACUACUAUCACCCUGCGUUCCGAUUUUGCCGGCCGGAAAAAGGGCCACAAUGGGUGCGAGAAUCAUUAGGAAGCAUCAUCUUCGGCGACCGUAUCCGCACAUCUCCAUUCAAGAUACAUAUGGGACGUAACGAGACGUGUAAAUCUCUUUGUGCCAGUAGGGACUUCGACGAGCGGGCGGCAAAAUUCGUGAACACCAGAAUCGAGCAGGCGUAUAAUAUCAACCUACUCAUUGAUGGUUUACCAGGCGCAGAGCUUCGGGAAGAUCCAUAUACUCACGAGAUCUAUGCGAGUCCAGGCUUCCCGCUAGGAAGAGUCAAAGAUGAUGGCACCAAAGUACUGCACAAUCACUGGGACAUCAUUGUGGACUAUCACCGGGCUGGCUUACGUGGAGGCAAGUACCGUGUAGUGGGUGUCUUGGUGGCACCGCGGUCAGAUGCAGACGCAAAAUACGUGUCCGAGGACAAGGCAGAGUGUGGCAGUGGUCGUGAACUGGUGCUGAACGAGAACGGAAACACGCCCGUGGCGUACACCUACAGCGUUUACUGGAGAGAAUCGGCGACGCCAUGGGCUACGCGUUGGGAUCAAUACCUGCAUGUGGAGGAUCCAAAGAUCCACUGGUUCUCCCUGAUCAACUCAACCAUAUUUGUCGUCUUUCUCCUGGGUAUGGUCAGCACGAUUCUGAUCCGCGCCCUCCGCAAGGAUAUUGCGCGAUACAAUCGGUUGGACAACAUCAACUUGGAUGACCUCUCCGGUACGUCGGCUGUGGGAGAGGAUGAUAUCCAGGAAGAUUCUGGAUGGAAGCUUGUGCACGGCGACAUUUUCCGCAGUCCCCGUCACGCUCUCCUUCUGAGUGUCUUCCUUGGCAACGGUGCCCAGCUGUUUUUCAUGGUGGGAUUCACGGUUCUCUUCGCCAUGCUCGGAUUCCUGUCACCAUCCAAUCGAGGUUUCCUCACAACCGUGGGUCUCUUGCUGUAUACCUUGUUCGGCUUCGUCGGAGGUUAUGUGUCGUCAAGAGCGUACAAGACAUUUGGGGGCGAGAAUUGGAAGCUCAACAUUGCAGCCACGCCGGCAUUGGUUCCGGGGAUCGUCUUCACCACCUUUUUCCUCAUGAACUUGUUCGUCUGGACCAAGGGCUCUAGCGGUGCAGUGCCGCUGUCAACGAUGCUAGCCAUAAUUGGGAUAUGGUUUGUUAUCAGCGUCCCGUUGAGUGUGGCAGGAAGCUGGGUUGGUUUCAAACAGCCAGGGAUCGAGCCCCCAACUCGCGUCAACCAGAUUCCUCGGCAGAUUCCACAAGUCUCGCGGUCGCUCAGCCUGUGGCCAUCAAUUUUGAUGACGGGGGUGCUUCCAUUCUGCGCCAUCUUCGUGGAGCUGUACUUCAUCAUGACUUCGCUCUGGACGAGCAAGAUCUACUACAUGUUUGGAUUUCUCUUCAUCUGCUACGGGCUGAUGUUACUGACGUCGGCCUGCACAACUGUAUUACUGGUUUACUUUAUGCUCUGCGCCGAAGAUUACCGGUGGCAAUGGCGAGCAUUUGCAGGCGCGGGAAUGACUGGCGGUUAUGUAUUCUUGAACGCACUGGGGUUCUGGGCGAUGAAGAUCUCGUUUGGCGGCUUGACGGGAACGGUACUGUACAUUGGCUACUCGGCGCUGAUUGCGUUUCUGGUCUUUUUGUUGAGUGGCACCAUUGGCUUCUUCGCGGCCUUUGUGUUCUCACAUCGCAUCUAUAGUUCGAUCAAGAUCGACUAG